CCUGCCUAAAUAUGCCCCAACGUUCGGUGUAGUAUCUCGUAGACUUUAAGCUAACGGUUGCUUGAAUUUAAACGCAAUUUAUCUUAAAAAAAAGUUUUUUUUUUCUUUGCCAGUCAUGUCCCUAUGUGAGGACUUUCUCCUCUGCAACUUUCCCAAAUGCCGGGCAAAGCUGAGUGGCUUUGCUUGGGUGACAGCAUGUUCACAUGCCUUCUGUGACCAGCAUGGAUCAGGGGAAUUCAGCCACUCACCAGCGAUCUGCCCUGCAUGCUCAUCCGCACUGUCAGGCAAACUGGAUAUUGUGCGCACAGAGCUAGCCCCAUCCGAAGAGUACAAGGCCAUGGUGUUGGCAGGGCUAAGGCCUGAGAUUGUGCUAGAUAUCAGUGCCCGUGCUCUCGCUUUCUGGACCUACCAGGUUCAUCAGGAACGCUUGUUCCAAGAGUACAGUCUGUCCCGAGCUGAGACCCAAGUGAAGCAGGCAGAAAAGCUGUUGGCCCAACAGAGUCAGAGUAGGGAGUUGGAGCUCAGUGCCAUGAGAGGAGAGAUCUCCUCACUCAAAAAGGUGAUGGAGGAGUACAAAAGGAAGUACAGUGAGGUUUCUGAGCGGUUGAUGGAGAGGAACAGACAGUAUCAGAAGCUCCAGGGCCUGUAUGACUCACUUCGUCUGCGAAACAUGGUGGUGGGGGAGAGAGAGGGGAUACGCUUUGCCCCCCCAGAAUUUGCCCCAGCUCGUAGACAGGACAACACAGGUAUGGAGGGCCAUCACUCCACCUACAAUAGUCCAUCCUUUCUGGGUACAGGAUCUGAGGGAAACAAGAUCUUCUCCACAUUGGAGCCUGAUCACACCAGGAGUUUCUUCCGUUUUAACUCCCCAGCAAAUAGCCAGAGUCAUGCCUUUGUGAGGAAGCAGUGACACCAGCUGACUUCCUUUAGUACAGUGAGAUCACAGUGAAUACCAGGAACACUGAAUUCAGUGAGAUCAACCGAUUCAUUCAACAUUCCAAACCUGACUAUCUCAAACUAGCAGGUUCAUUAUUAGUGCAGAUGAAAUAUCACACACAAGUGCACAUUUCUGUAAUUCAACACAAUGGAAAAGCUUUUUGAACACAGUGACGUUUAUACUUCAGAAUUUAGUUGUUGGGCCAGUGCAUUACUUACUCUGGUCAAAUGUUAUGCUGUAUAAGGCCUUGGCAAGGACAAGCUCUCUCGUUCUAGGUGGUACCAGACAUUUUUUGCAGCUAACUUAAACACUGCUAAUUGAUUAAACAUUCCGUUACACAUACGAAAAUGUGGUAGUUUAGUACUUGGAAAUGCAAAUGGGAAUGCUGAAUGUUAAUUAGUGAUAAUAGUGCACACACUUCAUAGUUUAUAUAUGAUCUACUCACAAAAGAACUUCCAUUGCCCAAAUAUGUGUAAGAAUGGCUGAUAUUAGGAUUUGUUCGUUUCUACUGAAUCUAUUGACAAUUUAAAAAUAAAAUGUUGCACUUGUG